GACAGGUUGCAGGUUACAGUCAUUCUUUCAAAUUCAAAACAUGGCAGACCUGUUAAAUGUAGUCGUGGCUCAGGCAAGUGAGAAUAUAACUGAAAAUGCAAAAAAUUCAACAGGAAAACCUCCGGGCACCCCGGAGGGCAUGGCAGUAGCUUAUGGAAGUCUAGUUAUAAUGGCUAUUUUGCCAAUUUUCUUCGGUUCCUAUCGGUCUGUCAACUACCAUAAGGAACAGAAGUCAGAAAAAAUGACUAAAAAAGAAGCUGCAAUGUUCCCAAUUAUGGCCUCUGCGGCACUUUUUGUACUUUAUAUCGUGUUCAAGUUAUUCUCAAAAGAAUACAUCAACUUGCUCUUAACUGGAUACUUCUUCUUCCUUGGUGUUCUUGCUUUGACACAUCUAUUGAGUCCUGUUGUAAGUAAGUUAGUACCAGCUGCUAUUCCAAACAUUCCAUACCACAUUAUGUUCAAACAAGGUGAUGGAGACGCAACGCAAUACUUGAUUAAUUACAGAUUCAGUUCUUACGAUGUAGUCUCCUUAUCAGCAUGCUCUUUAGUUGGAGCAUGGUACUUAUUGCAGAAACAUUGGGUAGCAAAUAAUCUCUUUGGUCUUGCAUUUGCCGUCAAUGCUGUAGAGCUAUUGCAUAUUAAUAAUGUAGCAACUGGAUGUAUAUUGUUGUGUGGUUUGUUCUUUUAUGACAUAUUCUGGGUAUUUGGAACAGAUGUUAUGGUUACCGUUGCCAAAAGUUUCGAAGCACCAAUUAAACUUGUGUUUCCUCAAGAUCUGCUGUCCAAUGGAUUUUCAGCUAAUAACUUUGCAAUGCUUGGGUUGGGCGAUAUUGUUAUACCUGGUAUAUUCAUUGCUCUUCUGCUGAGAUUUGACCAUAGCCUGAAGAGAAAAACCAAAACUUAUUUCCAUGCAACUUGUUUUGCAUAUUUUGUUGGCUUGAUGGCUACAAUAUUCGUCAUGCACAUAUUCAAACAUGCACAACCUGCCUUAUUGUAUUUAGUACCAGCAUGUCUUGGAACACCCAUAUCACUAGCACUCGUUAAAGGUGACCUGAAGACUUUGUUCAAAUACGAAGAUACUCCUGAGAAUGAAAAGUCUGAACAAGAUGACAAACAAGUAAAAUCUGAAGCGAAAAAAGUAAAAUAAAUUGUCAAUAGUCUGUAUAAGGAAUGUAAAAUGCUUCUUCCUUAAUAAUGUAUUGUUCCAUUUUGAUCCUGAUUAGCACAAACUUAUUUAUUUUGUUUGAAAGUAAUUUGAAUAUAUAGGUAUACACUGGAUGUACUUCAAAGAAAUUAUACACAUUAUUUUAUAUAUUUAUCAGAUUCCAACUUUUUAUUAUAUUUUUUUAAAUAAAUUCGGAAAUUCUUGUUAAUUAAACAGACAAUUUAAAA